AAUAGUUCGACGUGGUCGGUAACGGUCGGUGUGUUUAAAUCUUCGGAGCUCCGCUUCAGGCAGUAAAAUUAAAGCAAGGCGAAGAGGAGCCGAGGAGAACGGAACCAGCUAGGGUUGAGAGAAGGCGUUUGAUUGCGGAAUGACGGUGCUGCAGGAACCUGUCCAGGCUGCAGUUUGGCAUGCACUUAACCACUAUGCCUAUUGGGAUGCAGUGUUUCUGGCAGAGAGGCUCUAUGCUGAAGUGCAUUCUGAAGAGGCACUUUUCCUGUUGGCGACAUGCUACUACCGCUCAGGAAAGGCUUACAAAGCGUAUCUCCUCCUCAAAGGGCACAGCUGCACGACGCCUCAAUGCAAAUAUCUCCUCGCCAAGUGUUGCGUGGAGCUGAGCAGGCUCGCGGAAGGGGAGCAGAUCUUAACAGGAGGCGUGCUGAACAAGCAGAAGAGCCAGGACGACAUCGUCACCGAAUUCGGGGACUCGGCGUGCUUCACCCUGGCUCUGCUGGGCCAGAUCUACUGCAAAACGGACCGAUUAGCCAAAGGUUCCGAAUGUUACCAAAAGAGCCUGAGUUUGAAUCCUUUCCUCUGGUCCCCCUUUGAGUCUCUGUGUCAAAUAGGUGAGAAGCCGGACCCCGAUCAGAUGUUCAAGCUGACGUCCCUGCAGAACUUCAGCGGCAGCAGCCAGCCCACGGGCGGAGUCCUCACCCACACCUCCAGCCACAGCGUGGCCCACAGACCGAUGGACACGGUCCUGAUGGAGACCCCGCAAGACACUUUAGAAUUAAAUAGACUCAACCUAGAAUCUUCAAAUUCCAAGUUUUCUUCUUUGAACACGGAUUCCUCUGUAUCCUACAUCGACUCGUCUGUAAUAUCCCCCGAUUCUGUGCCCCACGGGACUGGAAGCUCUCUACUAUCCAAACAAGCGCCAAACAAACCAAAAAGUGGGCGUAGUCUACUUGGGGGACCGGCAGCCCUCAGUCCACUCACUCCUAGUUUUGGAAUCUUGCCACUGGAACCAAGUCCGGGAGACUCGUCAUACCUGCAGAACUUCACCAACACGGGCUCCGUCAUGGAUCCACCCCCUCCUGGAGUCCCACCAAAGAAAUCUCUAGCCCGAAUAAGCCAAGCUGGAACAAAGUCGGUGUUCGCACAAAGUGGGAACAGCAGAGAGGUUCUCCCAAUACCUUUUAACCAGACGCAGAGCACUUCCCCACAAACCAGUACAACGCCUCAAGUGCUGAGCCCAACCAUCGCUGCGCCCCCAAACGUGCAGCCGAGGAGGAGCUCCAGACUGUUCACCAGCGCCAGCUCCACUGCCAAGGAGAACAGCAAGAAAUUGAAAAUGAAGUUCCCCACCAAAAUCCCAAACCGCAAAACGAAGACGAAAACCAGUAAAGGUGGCAUGACUCCCUCCAAUAUGAACGACAGCAUUGAGCUCCUGAAGCUGGACUCCUCCAUCAUGUCUGACGGGAAGGGGAACAUGGCUGCACCUCAGCUGCAGGCCUUCACUCUACAGAAAGCUGCUGCAGACGGGCUGAUGAGCCUGAUGCGGGACAUGGGGAAGGGCUACCUGGCACUUUGCUCCUACAACUGCAAGGAAGCGAUCGGCAUCCUGAGCCAGCUGCCUUCUCACCACUACAACACGGGCUGGGUGCUGGGCCAGAUCGGGAGAGCGCACUUUGAGCUGGCCGAGUACAUGCAGGCAGAACGCGUAUUCUCCGAGGUGCGUCGCAUCGAGAGCUACCGGGUAGAGGGCAUGGCGAUCUACUCCACCACCCUGUGGCACCUCCAGAAAGACGUGGCCCUCACAGCCCUGUCUAAAGACCUCACCGACAUGGACAAGAACUCACCGGAGGCCUGGUGCGUCGCUGGAAACUGCUUCAGCUUGCAGCGGGAGCAUGACAUAGCCAUCAAGUUCUUCCAGAGGGCCAUUCAAGUGGACCCGAGCUUCGCCUAUGCCUACACGCUGCUGGGGCACGAGUUUGUGCUGACGGAGGAGCUGGAGAAGGCCUUGGCCUGCUUCCGGAACGCUAUCCGCGUCAACACGAGACACUACAACGCAUGGUAUGGUUUAGGUAUGAUCUACUACAAGCAGGAGAAGUUCAACUUGGCAGAAAUACACUUCAAAAAAGCGCUCAGCAUCCACCCACAGAGCUCCGUCCUCCUCUGUCACAUCGGAGUGGUGCAGCAUGCACUGAAGAAGUCUGACCACGCAUUAGAAACUCUCAACAAAGCCAUCAGUAUUGACCCCAAGAACCCGCUAUGCAAAUUUCACAGGGCCUCUAUCCUGUUUGCUAAUGAGAAAUACAAGGCUGCUCUUCAAGAACUUGAAGAACUGAAACAAAUAGUGCCCAAAGAGUCCCUUGUUUACUUUUUAAUAGGGAAGGUGUAUAAGAAACUGGGUCAGACGCACUUAGCAUUAAUGAAUUUCUCCUGGGCCAUGGACCUGGAUCCCAAGGGGGCAAACAAUCAGAUUAAAGAGGCCAUAGAUAAGCGAUACCUCCCUGAUGACGAGGAGCCAGUCACUCCUGAUGUCUACCAUUAUGAUUCAGCAGAGGCAGAGGAGUCGCAGGAGAGCAGCAUGACGGACGCCGAUGACACACAGCUCCACACCGCCGAGAGCGACGAGGUCUUUUAACCCCAGCCCCGGUGCCCACGUGGAAUCGCGCACUCCAGUCCUGUUCUGAAAGGGGGGGAAAAAAAGAAACGAGAGAACAAACUGCUGCUAAUACUGUACCUCUUUAACUCUAGCUUCUUUUUGUACCAUCCACUCGUUUUGUUUAUCUUCACCACCCUCCACUAUGCCUUAGUGAACACCAGGCUCCUGUCACAGUGAAAGCCCCUUUGUUCCCAUUCCUGUCACUCUGACCUGUGUACUGUAGCACAGAUGGCAACAAAUCCUCUCAAGAAGGAAGUGUGCCACAAUCUCCAGUCUGUCGAUGCCUCACUAUUGGGAGGGAUGUUUUCGGCCUUGCUGAGGGGCACCACCUGCAUCCAUACUUUCGGAAUACUGACUUUUAUUUCCUUGCUCAUUAAGAAAAAAAGCCGUUCAUUAAUGUCCCAAGUAUUUGUUUGCAUUUUUUUUUUAUUUGUUUAAAUUGAAUAAAGUUGAAUAUAGGAAAAUAACCCUCUCAUUUUUGUUCUGAAUGCUCACAAAUGAAGCAGUUGUCUUCAUCCAUUUUUGUGACGUAGAAUAGCAUUCGGGCAAUGUGAGGGCUGCAGAAGCAUACAUGCGUCUGUCAGCACUUUGCACCCAUGGUUUCUAUAACUACUGUUGGCCAUCUUAAUAUUGUAGUCAUCAAAUUCUGUUAAUAGGACCUUGUUUAUUCCAUUUCAGACUGAUCACUAGUUGCAAUAAGUCUUUUGUACACGUGUUCACAAUGCAUUACUAUUUCAUAUGUAAUCCACCUAUAAUGGUGAGUGGAAACCCUCCAUUAUAGCCAGUUCAUUUUGUAUAUUAAUGGAUUUACAUAUUUUACAUGAAUAUGGAAACUACGUUAGUCACCAUCUAGGUCAUUGAUAAAUAAUAUGCAGGGGUGCGUACUCAGUGUUUCUCAUGAAAAGUGGUUUGCUUUGAUGCUGGGCACAUUGGCACCUUACUGGAGAUGGUUGCACAAGGGCUCUGAAAUGUACCUUGUGUAUUGGAGACAUCAUUCCAAAUCCUUGUUUCCUUUUUUUUUUUGGUUCCAGUAGUUGUUUGGGAACUUGAUGGUGGUGACUAUAUUGGUUCCUUUGCCCGAGAUUCAGGGAGCUCCAGAAAUACUUUUCAAACAAAUACAAUCAAAACAAGUUUAUCUUUUCAUACAUUUAUAGCAUUAAAUUGUGUCUCUACAUUGGUUUCUUGUGAGAGGUAAACUUAACAGUGAAUGCCAUCAGUGAAGAUCAUUGCAGAACUACUUAAAGGAUUUAAAAGGGCCUUUUAUUGCACAAUAAACCAUUAACAAAUCCUACACUCGGUGAAGUUUAUUAAUUUGCCAAAGUUGUGAUAUUUCUCUAUCAAUGUAAAUGAACUUGCAGUGUUGAAAACAUGCCCUGUUUUAGAGCAAGAUGAUAUUUAGUUGAACGUGGUGAAGCUGAAAUCUGCCUCUGAAAAAGAAAGCAACAAUCAGUCAAAUUGCUUACAGUGUCUGCAGAAUGAGUGUGGUGAACAUGUUUUUCAUUGUGCAAGUGUAACUUGUCUUAUUUUUAAAUUGUACAGUCUUAGGGAAAAGGUAUAUGUUAAUAUAUAUAUAUUUGCAACUCAUUUUAAGGAUGUGAAAAAAUUACGGAAUAAAAUACUUUGAACAAA